AUGAUGAAUGGACAUGGCGCACACGAUCUCGUAGCUGGUGAGGUUGCAGAUCCUCAAAGGCAUUUCCACAUCAUCGAUGCUUUUCAGAUGCCGCGAUGGAGUUGGUCUCAUUCUCGUUGGGAAAAGUAAGUCGUGAUUGUGGCGGAGGCGCACACAGCUUGCAGCCUGGUGGAUGGUGUUGCUUUUGCUUGCUUGCGAAGUACUCAAUUCGAGUCGCUUCUCUUACCCCUUUCUCUCUCUUUCUUCGCCCCUCGCAAACUCAGACAAGCCAAGGGGACGCUCUUGCCGCCAGCUACGGCCAAACCGAUGCACUUGGCUCAAAGACUGGCCAUCAUUCGUUCGGCGGUGGAGCGGAAUAGCAACUUUAUGCCUCCGCUAGCCAUCGGUGGUGCGGUGGAGAGGCAGCGCUUCAUGAAGGUACGUCGUCCUCCCCCUCCUCCUCCUCCUCAUCUCUCCCAAGGUGCAGCGUUGCAUGCAGCUCACUGACAAGAUGCAUCAACCGGCACAGCUCACAAGCACCAAGAAUCUGCUGGGGCGUCCAGGUCAGCGCUUUCUUUUGUUUGGUAUGCUUUCCACCACCGAGGAUGGCAGAUACGCUUUGGAAGAUGCGGAUGGUGUCGUAGGCUUGGACUUGCAAGAUGCUGUGAGCGCAACUCACUCUUCUCUGAUGGCCCCGCAUUCCUUCCAUCGCCUGCUGACGUAACCCGCGCUGUCGCGCUUUGCUUCUCAGGUGCCUGGCGAAGGUAUCUUUACGGAAGGUAGCUUCAUCCUGGUAGAGGGUGAAUACACGCAAGAGGAGAGAAUCAGAGCAGCAGCUAUCGGCCAUCCACCUGGAGAGUCGCGCAAAGCUGCUAGGAAAUUAUGGUCAGACACUGAUUUCAACGGGACGGGUGCGAUCAGUCUGAACGAAGAGGUGCGUGCGCGCGAGGAGCAAGUAUGUUUGCUUGAUUUCUUGCAGCUCAAAACGCUUGUUGACUCGAUGGUCGAUGCUUGCUUGCUUGCUUGCUUGCUUGCUUGCUUGCUUGCUUGCUUGCUUGCUUGCUUGCUUGAUUGCUUGCUUGCUUGCUUGCUUGCUUGCUUGCUUGCUUGCUUGCUUGCUUGCUUGCUUUCCUCAAAGCAGUCCCUGCUCAAAGUGCACGAACAACGCAACGACGAUGUGUGCAUGAUCUUCAUCUCCGAAUUCCACUUGGAUCACCACAAGACGAUGGCUAGCUUUAGGGCCAUGCUGCAAGGCUUUGUGGAUGCUCAAUUCAUCCCCUUUGCCUUUGUGCUGUGCGGCAACUUUUUGAGCGCACCGCAUCAAGGAGGCGACACUGUGCGGCUGUAUCAAGGUGCGCCCUGCCUGGCGUCUGCGCACAGCUGGGGGAGAUUAUGGACCGCACUUACUGCUGACUGCUAUUCUCCGCGCGCAUUUCUCCACUCUUACAGAUGCUUUCGCACAGCUGGGAGAUCUCCUGCUAUCCUAUCCUUCCAUCCUAACACGAUCCCGCUUCAUCUUCGUACCAGGUCCAUCCGAUCCCUUUCCCACUCCUCUCCUUCCACGUCCAGCCCUACCUGCCAUCAUCACCUCCAAACUCCUCUCCAAGAUUUCCACCUCCAACUCGGGAACGGUGGCUAGCAGCGCGAACAGGUUUCGCUUUGUCAGCAAUCCGGCCAGAUUGCAAUACUUUGGACAGGAGAUUGUGGUUUGUAGGGACGAUUUGAUGAGUAGGAUGCUUAGGAAUACGGUCAGGUUGAAGGAUGGCGAACGUGGUGCAAGAGAGGUGGAUCUGAAGAAAUACGUGAGUAAAAGAAAGCUCGACGGCGGGGGAGGGAGGGGACUGUACGAUCGCUUGCUUGCUUGCUCGGAUGUGCAUUCCCUUACCCCCGGGGCGACUGACGAAGAAAGCUCGCAACGCCGCGCCUUCACGCUUUUCGUUUCUUUUUUUGGCUUACUUUGGGUUUUACCACAGCUCGUAUCUACCAUCUUGGAUCAAGCCCAUUUGUGCCCACUUCCUCAACAAUCUCGACCCGUGCUGUGGGAGCACGAUCAUGCUCUGCGUCUCUAUCCCAUGCCAACAGCCGUGCGUAGUGCCCAUCAGCGAACGAGGUAGCCGGACCGACCCAAAUCUGACCAGCCCCGCCGCUCGAUGCCCCCCUUUUUCUUUCUUGAUCUUCCUCUCUCUCUCUUUCUCUCUUUUCCCUGUUCCGCCCCCUUCCUCGGCUUGCGCCAUGCAGCUCGUCUUGGCCGACAAGUUUGAUAGGUACGAAUUGACGUACGAAGGUUGUCAUGUUUUCAAUCCUUCUAGCUUUAGAGGAAGCAGCUUUGGAUGGACCACUUAUUAUCCUGCGACGGGAAGAGCAGAGAGGAGCGAGUUGCCUCGGGCCUGA